UCAGCACACAAUUGUCCUUUGGUACACUAAGGGACUGGCAUAUGAGGAGCAAAGGAUCCCAGGCAGCAGUGUUGUGUCACAGUGUUUCCACUGAAACAACAUCAGCGUACCCAGAUUUCCCAUUCGGAUUACAAUCUCCAAUCUCUUCAACACCUAUGAAGACCUCUGCUUUUAAUCCAAAGAAAAGACGUCGCAUAGAGUUGGAGGAGGAAGAUACUGAGAGCGAAACACUAUGUGAACCUCACGACACCACAUAUAACCCAGAAGACACAGUUGUUACUGAAGAAUCAGAACUGUCAUUUGUGCAAAGUUCCUCAUACAAUGAAAAAAAAUACGUUGUAUUUGAAAGCUGCCUCCGAGACUUGUUCGACAUCUAUCCACUUUGCCGGAGGAAGUGUGAUGUUCGUCAACGGCAACAGGGAACUUUUGUGGCAUUCAGUCAACUUUGCUCAAACUGCAGUUACAACAAACAGUGGAAUAGCCAGCCCAUUGUUGGAAGUACACCUACAGGAAAUCUUCUUCUGUCUGCUGCUACGUAUUUCACUGGUAAUUCAUUCAUCCAGAUAGAAAAGGUUUUCCGUGCCAUGAAUCUCCAGGUCUUUCAAUAUGACACAUUCAGGAGACAUGCAAAGAAUUUGUUGGAACCGGCUAUUGUCCACAAGUGGAAAACAGACCAAGCGAAUAUGCUUUUGGAGUUGCAGAAGAAUAAUAAAAUUGCAAUUGCUGGAGAUAUGAGAGCAGACUCACCAGGACACUCAGCAAAGUAUGGUAGCUACACUCUACUCGACUUGAACACCAACACCAUAAUCGACCUUCAGCUUGUUCAGAGCAAUGAAGUUGGAGGAAGCUAUCACAUGGAGAAGGAGGGCCUGAAGCGUUCCCUAGAUCUUCUGGAUUCAAAUGGUCUGAUGGUGGACUACAUUGUGACUGACCGACAUCCACAGAUCCAAAAGUUUUUGAGAGAACGCAGCAUUACACAAUACUAUGAUGUGUGGCAUUUUGAAAAAGGUUUGUCAAAGAGACUAGCCCUUCUGGCAGAAAAAAGGGCUGUGAGAUUUUAAAGAAAUGGUUGCGCAGUAUUAGAAAUCAUGUUUACUGGUGCGCAACAUCUUCAACUUCUGGACCUGAGAAGGUGGCCAAGUGGAACUCCUUGAUAAACCAUCUUCAAAAUGUGCAUGUCCAUGACGACCCUACAUUUUCCAAAUGUGAACAUCCGGACCAAGAGUCUAGCAAUUCAACGAAAUGGUUAAC